AUGGCGUCGUGGCACCUGGUGGCGGUCGUGGGCGCGGCGUGGUGGGGUGGCGGCGCCGUGCGCGCUGCGCGUUCGCCAGCGGUGACGGCGCCAAGGUGUGGAGUCCAGGAGAGUCGCACGGUGUCCUACGCGGCAUCAUCCGUGGCUUGUCGAGUCGAGACAAAGAAGCAGAUCUCGUGCUCUAUGCAGUUGACGAACAGAACAGAUGACUACAUCGGCUUUAAGGUUAAGACGACGAGCCCGAAGAAGUACUGUGUCCGGCCGAACAGCGGCAUUGUGCCACCUCGGUCCACCAGCGAUGUCAUUAUGACAAUGCAAGCACAAAAGGAGGCACCACCAGACAUGCAGUGCAAGGACAAGUUUCUUGUGCAAAGUGUCAUUGUGGCGGAAGGGACGUUAGUCAAGGACAUCACUGGAGAUAUGUUUACCAAAGAAUCAGGUAAUGUGGUGGAUGAGGUUAAGCUGAAGGUUGUCUACGUCGCACCACCCAAACCGCCAUCCCCAGUGCGUGAGGGAUCUGAAGAAGGCUCGUCACCCCGAGCUUCAAUGUCUGAUGGAAGUAACUUGAAUUAUCAAGAGGCUGUUAAAACUCACAAAGAUCAAGAGGACUACACCUCCGAGACAUCUGCUUUGAUUUCAAAGUUGACAGAAGAGAGAAACUCUGCCAUUCAGCAGAACAAUGAGCUUCGAGAGGAACUGGACCUUUUGAGAAGGGAAGUCAGCAAGCAGAAUGGUGGAUUCUCCUUUGUGGUCGUGGUGGCCAUUGCUCUCCUGGGAAUGCUACUAGGAUACAUCAUGAAGAGAUAG